AUGGCAAGCUCAACCACCUACAAGCUCCCCGAGCUCCCAUUCGCCUACGACGCCCUGGAGCCGCACAUCUCCAAGCAGAUCAUGGAGCUGCACCACAGCAAGCACCACGCGGCCUACGUGGCCAACCUCAACAAGGCGCUCGAGACGUACGCGUCGGGCCAGCUGGCGGACCGCGUCGCCACCCUCGCGGCCAUCAACUUCAACGCCGGCGGCCACAUCAACCACACGCUCUUCUGGGAGAACCUGACGCCGGCGUCGAGCCCAGACGCCGACGCCGCCACGUCGGCGCCCUCGCUGGUUACGCAGAUCGAGAAGCAGUGGGGCAGCCUCGACCAAUUCAAGGCGGAGUUCUCGGCCGAGCUGCUGGGCAUCAAGGGCAGCGGCUGGGGCUGGCUGGUCAAGGAGAAGUCGGCGGCUGGCGCGCUGGUCGUCGUCACCACCAAGGAUCAGGAUUCCGUGCCGAGCGGGAUCCCCGUAUUUGGCGUUGACAUGUGGGAGCAUGCUUACUAUCUUCAGUACCUGAACGGCAAGGCCGCCUAUGUCGAAAACAUUUGGAAGGUUAUCAACUGGAAAACUGCCGAAAAGAGGUUCGCGUCACCAGGGCGUUCCGAGGUUUUCAAAGCACUACAUGCUUCCCUGUAA